UGUUUUGACUAGACAAAAGUCAAGGUUUAAGUGACAGUACGUUUGUCCCUCAUGCCUCCUCUGCCGGGCGCUGAGCUCGUGCACACUCCUGUGCAGCUGCACUGCUCUCUUCUGUGCUGCUGUAAACUCCUGUCAUCAGCUGCCAUGCAAAAACACUAUCAAAAUGCAAUCCGACAGAGCUACAACAGACAUGUAGAUAAGGAUGGCCCUGAAAAGAUACAGAUGAUCCUUCGAAGAGCUAUAACUGAUGCUGAGAGGAUAUUAAAUAAAUAUGCCAAAAAGAAGUGAUCACCAUGGAGGACGAGUGGACAAAAGUUCGGCAUGAAACAGACCGAGAACUGAUGGAGGGAUAGUUGUUUAAAUCAAAGGUCAAAGAGCAUACAUGCACAGGAAUCUAUGGAAGCCG